AUGCUCCACGAAAUCCUCCUUUCUCUCUCGGGUCAUCCAUCCUCGCUCUUCGAUGCCGAGAAACAGGACCCCGGCGCCCAGAUAACCCCGGCCUCGUUCCCUCUGCUGUCGCCUCCGGAGGCUGAGCUGCUCUCUUCCGUCGCGCGCCUGUCACAGCUGCACCGCGAACUCCGGAACCAUGCCCAGACCAUCGCUUCGUCGCACCCUUCGACAGUAUGCCGCGCCGUCGCUACCGCCAUCACAUCGUCGCAUUUGGCCAAAUUCCAGCAGAAGAUUCUGGACGUUGAGGCGCGAAUCCUGAAGCAAGAUGCGAGCAUCGUGGGCGCAUACAACAUCGUCCCGCUCGCGGGUGUUGUUGCCGAGUUUGACGAGUGGACAAGACGCAUGGAAUGGUAUUGGGACAUGGCGUGCUUCAUGCUGCCCAAGGAAAACGGAGACGCCGGAGCCUGCACGGGUGCUGGAUUGAUUGAUAGGCUUAGGCAAGAGGCACAGACAGGAUACCCUGACGUGGAAGCAGCUGCUUUGGAUUUGAGUAAAGUCGCCGAGACGGCGUGGCUGCGGCAGCUCUCGACUUGGGUGCUUUAUGGCAGAUUGCCGACACACGGAACAAAUGACUUCUUCAUUACCCGAGUCAAAGGCGAUGAUGAGCCUGUGGAUUAUGUCUCAACCAGCACACUUCUGCCGAAGUUUGUCUCCUCUCGCACAGCAUCUUCCAUCCUAUUUAUUGGCAGAUCUCUUGACCAGAUCCGCAAUCGAGGGGCAGCAGGGAUAUCGUCAAUCGCUCCCAAGACCUCCGAGCUUGAGCUUCUGCCUGUACACCUUCGCUACCUGUCCAGCUUACAGUCGACUGCUAUUCCACCAUUCAUGCCUAUCUUCUCGCUGUACGCCGCGCCCAUCUACGCCUUACGGACCUAUGGAGACAGAGUAGUAUUAGAAGAGAGCAUCCCACACCCUUCGGGCCCCCGCAUGCGCAAGGUAUGGGCGACAAGUGGCGCAGCCGUCUUUUUGCUGUCAGAGUUCGUUGGCUACUUUGAGGGUGAAGUGGUGCAAGAGUCCUGGAAACACUUUCGCCAUUGGAUCGUCGGAGCAGAAUCAGACAACGAACGGCCAUCCUCUCCAACCGAUGCCGACAACGAGGACCCAGCGGAACUGUCAAGACCACCAACUCAGCAAAGCCUAAGGCAAAGCCAGCAAAUCAGUCGACCCGCAACCGUAGCGUCUACACGCGAACCUCGCCGUACCCCACAUGAUCCGGAAGUGCUUGCGUCCGCACACCGUCUCUUCCUCCGUUCGCUGUCCUAUGCGCUUUUGUUGACGGAUCUACCGUACACGCACGCCCUUCGCUCCUUCUUAACCCAUGUAGACGAGCUCAUCGCCUUCAUUGACCGCCUGCGCACCGUCCAAAGAAACCUCGACCUGGAGCGUGACGAGGGCGUGGUAGAUGCUCUUGCCAACUAUGAGCAAGAAGAAAAGGACGUGCUCCUGGAACUUGAUCGCGCUAGGAAGCGAGUCGACAGCGAUCUUCGCAGCUUGGUCACCAGAUUACGAGAGUUGGACAAAGAGCGUGUUGGCACCGGCCUUCGCCUCUACAACCACCCCUCAUGCCUGACCGUUUCCAUCGUCCAUUCGGUGGGCCGCCCCCACCACAUCCUCCCGGUAUCUUCUAUCCCGACGACGACGACUACUUCGAUCCCGGUUUUCUCCCUCCUCCUUUCGAUCGCCAUCCUCGCCUCGCUCAUCCUCCUCCACGACUCAUGGGCUUACCAAGAGGUCCUCUUCCUCCCCCUCACCAUGGUCAUCGCUUUCAUCGCCCGCCUCACCCUCCGCAUCACCACCCUGCUCUUGCCCAUCCUCCCCAUCAUCCUCAGUUCCCUCGUCAUGGCUUCGUCCCGCCGCGACGGGGCGCACGAAUAG